AUGCCAUCCGAACUCAACAUCAUCGUCCUCGGCGCUGGCGUCGCAGGCCUGACUACCGCACAUAGCAUUCUCGCCAAAUUCCCUUCCAUCAAAGUCAACCUCACCAUUGUUGCCAAACACCUUCCCGGUGACAUCAACCAAACUGAAUACUGCUCUCCGCAAGCAGGCGCCAACUGGCGCUCCUUUGAGCCGGAGCUCAACCAGUACGGCCAAUACGAUAAAGUCGCCUUUGAGCGCUUCUUGCAAAUCGCGAAAGAAUCACCCGAAAGUGGUGUCAAGCGGUUCCCGUUGAGACUGGUAUAUGGUCCUGAGGACGAUAGGCGGAGAGAAGGGCUCUGGUUUGGGGAGUUGGUCGGUGGGAUUGUGGAUGUGCCCAAGAAUGAAUUGCCGGAGGGAGCGGGUUGGGGGGUGGAUUUGGUGACGUUUAUAUUUAGUCCGGUUGUUUACUGUAAUUGGUUGUUUGCGAGCUUGCUUCAAAGAGGAGUAAAAGUCGUCAGGCGCUCUUAUGAUCAUGUUGAUUCUUUGCGGUCUGAUUUUCCGAAUACGGAUGCCAUAUUCAAUUGUACUGGACUGGGUGCGAGACAUCUUGGUGGUGUGGAAGAUACAAAGGUCCAUCCUACAAAGGGUCAAACAAUCCUGAUAUCAGAGCCCAAGAAACCCCUACCCAGAAUGUCCGUCUGGACCCAACCCUCUAUCUUCCCACCCGGAGAAUUCUCUCACGUCUUUCCCCGACCUUUAGGCGGGGGUGUCAUCAUUGGCGGCGUACGUCUAGACAAUGACUGGGAUGGCUCCUUUGACGAGUCGCGCGUCGAAAGAAUCAAGCAAAGAGCUUGUCAAUUAGCCCCUGAACUGGGCAAGCCGGACGAUUUGCAGGUAGUGCGGCAUAAUAUUGGAUUGAGGCCAAGCCGAGAUGGAGGGGCAAGAGUCGAUAUCGAGGAUCGAAAAGGGACGUGGUUGGUCCAUAACUACGGUGCUGGUGGUGCAGGAUAUCAAUCGUCGUGGGGUAUGGCUGAACAUGCUGUUGCCUUGUUUGCCGAAAAAGUCGAUACGGAUUUCGGUGGCCGUCAAGCGAAGCUUUGA